CAGCUCUCUCCGCGGUUCAAAUUUACAGUCGCCCUGAACUACCGUCCGGUUCCCACCGUCUUUUUUCUUUUCUCCAGGCUUUUGAGUUUUUAAAGAGAAAACUGUUUUUAGUAGCGUGUUAAACGCCUGCGGUGCGGCGGCUCACCACCGGGAAGGGAUUACCGUGCUUUCUUCGCUUUUAGUUGAAAAGCAGCGGGGGGAGAUGUCCAGCUGAGGACUGGAAAUCCUGAAAACCACAGGGCCUGUUUUUGUAAUGAUUGAUCAAUGCUUCGACAAUGGCGCUAAAGGCACAGGUUUUAUAUGACUUCACAGCUGAGCCUGGAAACAACGAACUGACAGUGAAAGAAGGCGAGACAGUCACUAUAACCAAUCAGAAUAUCGGAGGAGGCUGGAUUGAAGCACAGAACUCCAGAGGGGAGGUUGGACUGGUGCCAGAAGACUACAUCGAGUUCAGUAAGCCAUUUCCAUCAGGAGCAGGAACCACUGCACCUACUCCAAGUGUAGGAAAUGUUGGAGCUACUGACCUGUCCUUCUUUGAUGCCUAUGCUCCUGCAUCAACACCUGCACAAAACCAGGUGGAUGCUGGGGGCUUGAGUCCCCAGCCGGACACCCCUGACACCCCAGUUUCCCCCUACCUUUCGUCCCCUGAUGAGGCUAGUAACGGUAAUGAUCCCUGGUCGGUGUGGAACGCAGACCCCUCAGGGGGCUCCAACAACAACUGGGCGUCAAAUCCGGAGGGCACGCAGACUGGGAAGAGUGCUGCUGACCCCUGGGCCUCCAUAUCACAGGGCCACCCCCAGGCUUACCAGGGCCCAGGAGCGGAGGAUGAUGAGUGGGAUGACGAGUGGGAUGACAUGAAGUCCACUGGAGGCUAUGCCGAGUCAGAAUCUGGAGACAGUGGAGCAAUGCAGAGAGGUGGAGCUCACGCAACAUCGAUGAAAAUCUCCCUCAACAAGUUCCCUGGGUUCUCCAAGUCUGGUCCAGAGCUCUACCUCCUAUGCAAACAGCUUGCUAAGGGCAAAGACAAGCUCCCAAUCUAUAUGGGAGAAGUUGGUCCCGUGUGGUCUUACCCAGAAACUCAGCUAGACUGUGUAGUGGCUGAUCCCAAGAAAGGCUCAAAGAUGUACGGCCUCAAGAGCUACAUUGAGUACCAAAUCACACCCAGUACCACAAACCGACCAGUCAAUCACAGAUACAAGCACUUUGAUUGGCUGUAUGAGAGGCUUCUGGAUAAAUUCGGGUCAGCCAUCCCCAUCCCCUCUUUACCAGACAAGCAGGUGACAGGGCGUUUUGAAGAAGAGUUUAUUAAGAUGCGUAUGGAACGGUUGCAGGGCUGGAUGACCAGGAUGUGCAGGCACCCGGUUGUUUCCAGCAGUGAAGUUUUCCAGCUUUUCCUCACCUACAAGGAUGAGAAGGACUGGAAGACGGGAAAGAGAAAAGCGGAGAAGGACGAGACAGUGGGAGUGAUGAUCUUCUCCACAAUAGAGCCUGAAGCUACAGACCUAGAUCCUGUGGAAGUGGAACAGAAAUGUGAGCAGUUCAGCAGGUUUACCAAAGCCAUGGAUGACGGAGUGAAGGAAAUCCUCACAGUGGGACACGAGCACUGGAAGAGAUGUACAGGCCCUUUGCCAAAAGAAUACCAGAGAAUUGGCAAAGCCUUCCAAAACCUGUCCUCUGUCUUCACCAGCAGUGGAUACCAAGGUGAGUCAACCCUGACUGAUGCCAUGACAGCAGCAGGGAAGACGUACGAGGAGAUAGCUCAGAUGGUUGCAGAGCAGCCCAAGAAAGACCUCCACUUCCUCAUGGAGACAAACAAUGAAUAUAAGGGUCUUCUUGGAUGCUUCCCGGACACCAUUGGAGUCCAUAAGGCAGCCAUAGACAAGGUGAAGGAGGCCGACAAGCUGGUGGCCACCAGUAAAAUUACCCCUCAGGACAAAGUCACCAUGGCGAAGCGAGUCAGCACCAUGUCUUACGCUUUACAAGCCGAGAUGAACCACUUCCAUAGCAACCGUAUCUAUGACUACAACCGGGUCAUGCAGUUGUACCUGGAGGAGCAAGUCAAGUUUUACGAGACGAUUGCUGCAAAGCUGAGACAAGCACACAGUCAGUUCACUACAAUGUGAAAGCCUUCAGUCUCGCACUACAAGACAAGAAGAGUUAAACCAGCUCAACAUCCAAAAUAUUGUUGCUUAUACUACGUCCUUUUCCCUCCCUUUAAUUUAAGUUUCACUUCUUUCUCCGUUUUGCACUUACCUCAUCUUCUCCUUUGCUGCUCGUGCCAACAGUCCCAGCUCAUGGUGUUACGUUAUGUCCGCCAGUUUCUGAGCGGUUUAUGAGCAUGUGCAGUAUCUGAAAAGGCUUUGGCACUAGUGGUUUUUAGGGUCAGCAAUGAGAGCACGAUAAGACACACUAUCUACACACAUCCUGUCCACUGUCUAUGGUCCAGAUCUUGUGACACGGGAAGUAAACAUCCAAGUCACAGUUUGUGACUGCGCAUUGCUUCAUUGCAUGAGUCAUUCCCCAGAGCUCUCCCAACGUGACACAAGUCCAGUUUCUGCACAGCUAGGCCUGUGCUCGCAUUAUUUUAAAGCAAUACUCUACAGUUUUUCAAAUUCUGUCCUGUGUUUAAAAAAAAAAAGUAAAGGAAAUGAUCUACACAUGUAGCAAAACUGUUAUCUGCACAGUCAUGUAGCGAUGUACUGAUUAGAAAAACCAAAGCCAUUCUCCCUCCUGUCAGAAGGGACAGCCAGAGAGUUCAUUUUCUAAAAGUGGCUUUGACAGCAUAUCAGAGCUUUACUGUCUCUUUCUCAGCCAAUGUUGAGUUUACUGGAGUUAUUUGUGCAUCUAUAAACACUGUAAGUGUGCAAGAGUCGCCCCAACAUCAUUGUUCAGAAAGAGUGGAGCAUUCCUUUAAGAAUCCAACAGUCUUGGAAGAGUUGGCAAAGGCAGAGUGUGUGUCCUCUGUAUGUCCACUGCUGGCAGUGCCAAGCCCUCUUUCAUCCUGCACUUCCUCAAAAGCUAACAGGAAGCUCCACCUCCUUCCUGUCUUGCUCAUGUGCCUUGCCCCUUUAGGAAGACAGAAGAAACUUGAGUUAAUUGCCCCCCAGCCUGUGUACUGUGACACUGCAGUUUACAUUUUAGGACAGAAGACAAAAUGUACGAUAAAUGAUACAAGGGUUGGGGUUCAUUAUUUUACGCAUUGUAAAUUUAAGCCAAAAGUCAGUGGUGAAUCACUUAUCUGUGGACUGUGCCGAACAUGAUUCUUUUUUUCCCAGUUCAGUCCUUUUGUGUGUUUUUUUUUGACCAGAUCACGGUGUUUUAUAUGAAGGCGUAACAGUAAUGUUACUCUAAGAAUCUGUACUAUGAGCUGAGUUUAUGUCAAGCCAUGGAUUAUGUCAUGUAUGCAGUUUUUCUUUCUUGCUUUUCACUGCCCAGUUUUCAAUCAGUCUCUAAUCUUGUUCACUGUUUCCUAUCACGUGAUACACGAAAAAUAUACAUAUAUAUAUACAUAUAUAUAUAAAUAUAUAUUCUAUUGGACCUUUCAUUGAGAUAUUAUGUAUAGAAGUAUUUUCAAUACAGUGCAACUCAGAGAGGAGCAAAAAUUCUGUUUGAUUUAUUAAACAAUGAUUUGUAUUCA